UAUAGGUAUACCGGAGUCGAAAAUCAUCGUCGGCAACCUGCACAUUUUUGUUUACGUGCAGCCGAGUAGAUAUACACAUAGACGCACGCCGGAGAAAAAUGCGAGCGUCGUCUUUACAAUUUACCUUGAAAAUUGCGCUAGUCGUUGCGGAAUAGAUACGAGUGGGAAUAACAAUUAGGCAGUUAUAUCGUAAAGUUUGUAAUUAUACGUAUAUAGUGUCAUAUAUAGACGCUGAGUUGAGACAAGAAGAGGAGCAGCGAAAUGACGUCGGAGAGGGCGAGGAUUACGCUGCUACUGGGCGAUAAUCGGUUUCAUGUCGACAAAAAACGGAUCGCCGAUAAAAGCCGAUACUUCGAAUCGCUCUUCUCCCACAAUUUCAGCGAUUCCAAGGACAAUGAGCAGACCGUCAAUUACAAAGUCGCGCCUUCCGUCCUCCAGGAUUUCUGUGACUGGAUAGAAGAAGAUCCUCCACGUUUACGUCCAAAUGAGUCUCACCAGAUUAAGAUAUCUCUUCAAAAGUUCCUCUCCGACAGCUUUGACUGCCUGAAACAGUUGCUGGAGCUCAGCAUAAUAUACACAGUAGAGGAGCUCAGUCUAGAACUGAGCGACAUAAUAAUCCAGCAUUGGCUGAAACCAGAGCUUCUCCUGGAUAUUUGGAAACUAUCUCGAGAUUUAAGUCUGACUGCCCUCAUAGAUGUAAGCUACUCUGCCUGCCUGGAGAGAUUUAUGGAAAUACCAGUGGAUGAGCUUCUGAGCAUCUGCAGCAAAGAUUUCCUGCAACUUGUGCGCAAUGUUAAUGUCAGGUCUUCAGUGGACUACCUAGCUUAUGUGAUUAACGAAAGACUGAAGAGGGAGAAUGGUGAGACUGAUGACUCCCAGAUAAAAUUGCAGCUUAUCAAGCUUACAGAGCUGCUGGACAGUCCUGAGAGAAAACCUUCACUGAUGCACUGCUUCUUUGCUGAGACUAUCAAGUCGGAAAACGACGGUGACUAUAACACGCGAGUCGUCUACGCGUUUCAACAGAAGGUUCCUGCCAAAUUUGGCGAGCUUAUCGAGGUCUGGAGAAUGGACGAGCCUGGCAAGGACCUUGCUGGCAUGGGAGUGAUAGGAAGAGGUUUCAGCGUAUACAAAAUCGGCGGCGAGCUCCGAUUAGGCUCCUGCAAGUUCAACAUGAAUGUCUGGCGUUACUGCCUCAUCUCUAAGAAAUGGUACUAUCUCUCAAGAUUACGAAAGCCGCGAAGACACAUGGCAAUGGCUUUGGUCGGCGACAUAUUGAUCCUAAUAGGCGGUGUAGGCCGCUAUCGCUUAAAGCUCUCCUCGGUGGAGAUGCUCAAUUUGCACACGGGUUUAUGGAUCAACGCGCCCGACAUACCCGAGACCUUCACGGAUGUACCACCCACCUGUGUCAUCAACGGCCUCGUCGCGAUCUGCGUGUCUGAUAUCUACAUGUUCAACCCAUCCUCCAACUCCUGGAUAAAGGUCGAACAUGAUUUUGACUCGAGCGAGUUCUGUGGCGUGAAAUGCCUCGCCGCAUACAAUAAUACGCUCUACCUCGGCAAAGAAGGUGGCACAUUCGUAGGCUACGACGUCAUCUGGGAUAUGAAACAACAGGCAAUUCGUGGGGCUCGGAUCUCGCGGUCAAAGUACAAGCAGUUUCAAAGCCCCUGUCAGAAGAUUCUGAUCAGCGAGGAUGGCAGCGUCAUCGGUAUUGUUUACGCUUUCGAGAAAAUCACUGUUGAAUGCGGCAGGUUAUAUGAGAGUCAUCUCGGGACUGCAGUGCUCGAGUCGAGUAUGCAUAGCUUCGGUCUACCUCUCUCCUGCCUUGUGCCCGUCACUUGUUUCAACCUCGUCGACCCGUCCACCCUAUAUAAGCAGCUACUGCCCUGAGUUUUUUGAGCGAUGAAGUGGUGUUCUUGCCGGUAUAUUAAGAGACUGCUUCGAAGCUAACUUCGGAUCCCUAUUUAAGUUUCUCGUAUAGUUUGUAAAUCUGAUGAUGAUUGUUUCGUCAACGUGAAAGUGUCGUAGGUGCGAAUAAAUUCGCCUAUUCCAAUUUUUAAUGCUAAGUAGCCUUGUGUAGUAAUAGUUGCAUGUGUUUGCUAUUAGUUUUAAAUUAUUUAUUUCGUGUACAUAGUUAUAUGAAGAUAAUAAUCAACAGCUUUAUAGCUUCCCAUUUCGCGCUUACAGUUUGAGUUUGCAACUGUCGAGAAUAGACGCGUGUAGUUGGGUAAACGAUAUAUCCAUUUGAGGUGCUAUAUCGUGUGAUAGACUCAUUGUAUUGUAAUAUAUUUUGUAAUAUAUCGAUAACGUAAGUUCUGCUCGUUAAUUUUAAUUUUUAAGUAUAUACGGAAUCGUUCGAUGAAACUUACUCGAUCGUAGAUAUUUUCAUAAGCGUAAAAGUUACUAUACCUUUAAGUUCGAAUUCAUAGAGCAUAAUUUUGCGCACAACUACAAAGAGCGUUUGAAAAAUAAAACGAGUGCAUUAGAAACUCUUAAACAAACAUUAAAAGACAAAGAGGAAACGAUUCAGUUGGAUGGAGAAUUCGUCGCUCAAGCAAAAGUAACUGAAUGGAGUGCCUUGAAACAUGCCAACUCGGACAUAAUUUUCCUCUGACUGCUUUUUUAUCAGUAUUUUGGUAGAGAUGUUAAACUAGCACACAUUUAUAAACAAAUAUGUACGAAACACGUAUGUGUACUCAAAAUCGAUUUUUGUAAUUCGUAGUGUCGAUUAGUACGUAUGCAUAUACAAUGUAGUUCGUCUCAACGACGAUAUAAGUGUAUAUGUGUGUCAUGUGUGACAGGCCGCGAGUGUCGAGUUGUAAAAGAAACUAUUUUACAUUGUCGAAAGCGCAUAUCUCGCGAGCCGGAAUUAAUCGAGCUUCCAGUCUGUAGCGUUUGUCGCGGUGAUUGAUUGUCCAGACAAGUAAGAAACAAUAAACGGAAACAAGCCAAAA